CCCUGCGCCGCACCAGGCCGGCGCCUCCUGCGUGCCCUUGACGGCAGGAGAACCCUCCAGACCCGGCUGGGGACGCGGGCGCCCGCUCAAACAGUUGCAGGAUGUCGAUGACAGACUUUCUCAACGCUGAGGACAUCACGAAGGCAGUGGGGGCCUUUACCGCUGUCGACUCCUUCGACUACAAAAAGUUCUUCCAAAUGGUCGGACUGAAGAAAAAGAGCCCGGAUGAUGUGAAGAAGGUAUUCCACAUCCUGGAUAAAGACAAGAAUGGCUUCAUCGAUGAGAAGGAGCUGGGAACCAUUCUGAAAGCCUUCUCCCCAGAUGCCAGAGACCUAUCUGCUAAAGAAAUCAAGACACUGCUGGCUGCUGGAGACAAGGAGGGGAAUGAAAAGAUUGGGGUCGAUGACUUCUUUGCUCUGGUGGCUGAAAGCUAAGAGGCUCUGACUGCCCAGCUCUUGUCCUUCUCUGCCCCAAACACCCGAUCUCAGCCCCACUUGCUGCCCUCCUGCCUUUCUGUUCAGUUUGUUUAUGUUAUUUUUACUACCCCCGUCCCUUGUGGCCCUUGAAGGACACCAUUCUUCUGGAAAAUGAUGGAGAUGCAAUAAAGGCUGUACCAAUCAGA